GCCGACGCCUUCCUCCCACGUCUCUCUCUCUCUCUCUCUCUCUCUCUCUCUCUCUCUUAACGUAUACCUCUCAACAGAUUGAUCUCCUCUCUCUAUCUCUCCCAACCUUCUCCGGAAAAUGGACCUCGCCGGAGAGAGCAGAUCCUCCGCCUCCUCCUCCUCAUCUUCCGUGUCAUCGCUCGAGUGCGACCCGCCACGCGGUGGAGAUGGAGUCCAGGAGUUGCUGUCGUUGGCCGUUGCGUCGUCUUCUGCGGCGGUGGGAUCGUCGUCUUCUGCGGCCGUCCAGCGAGCUCUCGGCUUGAUCCGAUCGGACGACCCAGAUUCCAGGUUGGUUGCCGCCAGGGAGAUCCGACGGCUCACAAAGACGUCACAGAGGUGCCGCCGACACCUGAGUCAGGCCGUGGAACCGCUCGUUUCGAUGCUCCGAGUCGACUCGCUCGAGUCACACCACGAGGCGGCUCUUCUUGCUCUUCUUAACCUCGCCGUCAAGGACGAGAGGAAUAAGAUCAGUAUCAUCGAAGCUGGUGCCUUGGAGCCAAUUAUCAGCUUCUUACAGUCAGACAGCCCGACACUGCAAGAGUAUGCCGCUGCAUCUGUACUCACUCUCUCUGCCUCUGCUAACAACAAACCUAUCAUCGGUGCAAAUGGUGCGAUCCCUCUUCUCGCUAAAGUCGUCGCGCAUGGAAGCCCCCAAGCCAGGGUUGAUGCCGUGAUGGCCCUCUCCAACCUCUCAACUCUCUCCAACAAUCUGAGCAUGAUACUAGGAUCAAACCCUAUCCCAUCUAUACUGGAUCUUCUAAAGUCCUGUAAAAAAUCAUCAAGAACGGCCGAGAAAUGUUGUUCUCUGAUAGAAUCCUUGGUGGGUUCAGAAGAGGGAAGAGCAGCAUUGAGUUCUGAAGGAGGAGGAAUUUUUGCAGUUGUGGAAAUUCUGGAGAACGGGUCUCCACAAGGUCGGGAACACGCGGUUGGUGCGCUUUUGACAAUGUGCCAGAGCGAUCGUAGUAGAUACAGAGAGCUGAUUCUUAGAGAAGGUGUAAUCCCGGGGCUGCUCGAGCUGACAGUUCAAGGAACGGCGAAAUCUCAGGCAAAGGCUAAAAGGCUUCUGUGUCUGCUGAGGGAAUCAGAGAAUUCGAGGUCAGAGCUUCAGCCAGACACGCUGGAAAACAUAGUGACGAACAUAAUAUCUCAUAUAGACGGAGAAGAUCAGUCGGGAAAGGCGAAGAAAAUGCUGGCCGAAAUGGUGCAGGUUAGCAUGGAGAAGAGCUUGAGGCACUUGCAGGAACGAGCAUCCCUUGUCUGCUCUCACCCGGAUCUCCCCUUUCUCAAACCGCACGUCUGAGGUCUCGUCCAUGUAAAAACCUCUCUCUCUCUCGUGAGGUAAAAACGUGUAAGUGAAAGUAGAAUAGGCGCAGAAUAAGAGAGGAAGGAAAGGUAAAUGCCAGUCCAGGCCCCUGUGUGGUUCGGGAGACUGGUUGUACAUAAGAAUAUGCUUUUUUACAAGUCAUGAAAGUGUGAUGUGGUGUUCCGUUUCUUA